AUGGAGAGCCGCGCCAUGACGUCCUCGUCACUGGAUUGCUUCCCCGAUGAGCUCAUCCGUCACAUCCUUCUAUAUGUCUCGCCCGAGGACAACGUCCUGAACAUCCAGUCGGUCUCGCGUCGUUUCUACCACGUUGCCAACGAACCGCUGCUAUGGCGAUAUCUUUGCCGAAACUCGUUUACUUUCUGGAAACCUGAACACUACUUCUUUGCGAAACUAUCGGACCCGAGACCAACUACUAUCGAGUGGAAGAAGCUAUGGCUCCGAAGAAAGAGGCAAAAUCACUUGAUCAAACGCCUUCUGGACGAGAUCCUCACGACGAGAUAUCGCCAGCUAAGGAACCUGCAGCGCAUCUGUCAGUUCGGUUACACGCCAAAGACUUUUCUUUUGGAGCAGUGUCACGCCGAUGAAUCCCAUGAUGACGUUUUGGCCAGAAGGUACUAUGCAAAUUCGGCCUUGGACAGCAUCCACAGGGGCAUGGCUGUAGAGGUCUGGUCCAAGUGCUAUGAAACAGGAACCGAUCCGUACUCAGGGCUCGAUCGUGCUCUCGGCGCAUUCGACAUGUUUGUUUUACACGACCAGCCCCAAGACCUUGAAUACAUAUUGAGCACACUAGACGAGCUCGCCCAUAGAUUCACGCAAGAGCACCCAGAACACGAGAUCAUGUCAACAAGGCAGAAGGCUUUAGCCUUAAACCGAUGGCUGAGAGCCCAGAAUCUGAUGGGGAUGGAGGCCGAGACCGUCAACUACCACAACCUGAGGAAUUGCCUUCUAGGCCACGCCCUAUCCGAUGACGAGCACCCGUCGCUUCCCAUAAUUUCGAGCGCUAUAUUUGCUUCGGUUGCCGAACGCCUUGGCAUGUCAAGCGCAUGUUGUGCAUUCCCGAGUCACGUCCACGCGUCUGUGAAGGCCCCUCCUGGUAUGACCCUGGAUGGUGAUGUGGUACAGGAUCCCAAAGCCGAACCAGAGACCAUGUAUCUGAACCCGUACAAGUGGGAUGGGGAGGUUACACUUGAUGAGUUACGGAGGGCACUGGUUGAGUUGGGGUGGACACAAGGCUCAGAGGUGUUUCUUAGGCCGUCGCCUGUCCCUAUUAUCGUCCUCCGAACAGCGGCCAAUAUCAAAGCCGCCACCAGCCGGAUUCAAAACCUCGCCGACCGACAAGGGGAGCCCAUCGAGGUCGAAGCGAAAAGGUUGCGGGCCGGUCAUCCAGACAUCAACGUGGAGGCGGCCAAGUAUGCUUCGAUGUGGGCGGAAUUGAUGGUUAAACCGGUGUCUACUCUCCACUGGGACCAGAACCUCGAAGCCUUCCUGCAUUCGUUUGCCAUGUCGUGGGGCGAAGACGCCUGGAUCGUCCACAAAUAUCUUCUUCCACUGUACGAACAGUUCGUGGCAUCGCCGGGGCACGCGCGCAACCGCACCGGAUGGGAGAACGUUCGCGAGAUCUUGAGAAUGCUGGACAACCUCGACGGGAGGGAGGCAGUCGUCUCCCGUCGCUACACACAGGAGAUGCAGGAGCGCGUGCGCUACAGGAUCGGCCAGGUCUUCCGCCAUAAAAGGUACGGAUGGAUUGGGAUUAUCAACGGCUGGGCGACUGGGUCCGCAGGCCUUCCGGUUCCGCAUUACCUGGAUGGUUACGAGGACGAAGUCCAGUCUCCUACGACUUCUCCUCGAUCUUCGGGGGAUAGGUUGCACUCGGAAGGCUUUGGUUUAAGGCCUCAGUUGGCCAGAGUGUUUUAUACAUGCAUGAGUUCUAAGAGGCCCAAGGUUGACCGCUUGCGCGUGGCUCAGAAUAGCAUCGAGAUCAUCACCGAUCCUGACUUGAUUCCCGAGUCGCUCAAGUUCCUGGCGGGCAAGUACUUCAAGCGGUUUGACAGGGAAACCUGCACUUUUGUGUCGAACAUCAAGGAAUCAUAUCCGGACGACUAG